AUGGGGAUCAUCUUCCCCAUCGUGACGCACGCCCAACAGGCCGUUUUGGGCGUGGCCAUCACCUUCUCCAUCUUGGCGGUCACCGCAGUGAGUCUGCGCCUGCUGGCUCACCGUCUUGCCCACCGAUCCUGGUCGCCCAGCGACUAUCUCAUUAUCGCAGCCGGUAUCUUCGCGGUCGGUCUCCAAUCCGUCACCAUCACCGGGGUGUUCCAGGCCGGUAUUGGAUACGAUCAUGUCGCUGCGAUCGUGGCCCGCUAUGGGCUGGCGCCCAUCACGAAACUGCUCCAGCUGAUCAUUCCCCUGCAGUUCCUGUGGGUUCUCAGUCUCAGCUGCACGAAAUUCUCGGUUUUACUGCUGUACCUCCGCCUCUUCCCCGUCCCCUGGGUCACCCGCCUCGCGUGGACGACCAUGGGGGUCAUCCUGACCUGGGCCGUUGCGACCAUCCUGGCCGGGUGUCUGAUCUGUCGGCCGUUCGCCUUUAAUUGGGACCAGAGCAUCGCCGGGGGAUCAUGUGGCGACCAGGUCAGCUCCUUCACCGUCACGGGGGUCAUCAAUCUCAUCACGGAUAUGGUGGUGCUUGCCAUCCCCUGGCCGCUGCUCUCUCGGUUGCAAAUGUCGAGAUUCCGCAAGGUGACCCUGAUAUCUGUGUUUGGGUUGGGAGUAGUUACCUGCGCCAUCAGCGCCCUCCGCCUCUCCGUUCUCUCCACGAUGAACUUCACCGAUAUCACCUUUACGCUCCCGCGGGCCAACAUCUUCAGUGGCAUCGAGCCCUGCCUGGCGGCCACCCUCGCUUGCAUCCCACUGAUGCGACCCUUGCUGGGGCGGUCGGGAAGAAUCAAGUCCGCUCCUCCCCCCGCGGACCUGGAGGGGUGCACCGACCCCACCCAGCCCUGGAUGCCACCAGAACCGCCUGCCGGUGUGGCCAUGCAUGAUCUAAUCCACAAGGCGGCAGCGGGCAGCGAGGAGGCACUCGUGGCGUAG